GAGAGAGAGAGAAAUAGAGAGAGAGUGUGGCUCCCACUCUAUCACCCUUUCCUCCCUGACAUUCCAGUGCAGUUGAGGGAUUGAGUGCUUGGAUACAGGCGCAGGAGGGAACACAGAGAAAGGGAGACAGGGAGAGAGAGACAGACUGUGAAAGAGUGAAAGAGAGAGAGAGAGAGAGAGAGAGAGAGGGAGAGGGAAAGAAAAUCUCCGGCUUUGGGAGUUUGGGAAUUUCGUCACUCUAAAGCCUCCAGUAGCCACAGAAGCAUCAUCUCUGGAAGUUUCUCCUCUUCUGUGGUCUCUGGACUUCUGCAGGACUUUAAACAGAGCUGGAAAUUGCUGGUCAAGCAGGAGCAGAGCAUUGUGUCAUCAACACCAGGGCUGUGAAGGCCCUGUCACCUCCAGAAUGGCAGAGAUCCUGCAGCCCAGCACCAACAGCCUGCAGGUCCCAGGCAAUGACAGAUCUGUGUCCACAUCUCCAUCCAGUUCUCCUUCUCCAUCAAGAAAUGACUGCAGUAUUGCUCCUCUCACACCAUCACCAUCUCCGAGGACUGAGCUGAGGCCACGAGUCGCUUGUCCAUUCUCUGUAGUUGUGGCUAUUGAUUUUGGAACCACCUCCAGUGGCUAUGCCUUCAGUUUCACUGAGGACCCAGAUGCCAUCCAUAUGAUGAGGCGCUGGGAGGGUGGGGAUCCAGGCGUAGCCAAUCAGAAGAGUCCCACCUGCCUGCUGCUGACCCCUGACCUGCGCUUUCACAGUUUUGGCUUUGCAGCCCGAGACAGCUACCAUGACCUGGAUCCAGAGGAAGCUAGACUCUGGCUCUACUUUGACAAGUUCAAGAUGAAGAUUCACAGCACCAGUGACCUCACCAUGGUGACGGAGCUGGAGUCAGUGAGUGGACGAAGAGUUCGGGCCAUAGAGGUCUUCGCACACGCCUUAAGAUUCUUCAGAAAACAUGCAUUAAAGGAGGUAAAGGACCAGUCCUCGUCAGUGCUAGAAGGGAAUGACGUGAGAUGGGUCAUCACCGUUCCAGCUGUGUGGAGACAACCAGCCAAACAGUUCAUGAGAGAAGCUGCGUACCUGGCAGGUCUGGUGUCUCCAGACUCUCCAGAGCAGCUGCUUAUUGCUCUUGAACCUGAAGCCGCCUCAAUUUACUGCAGGAAGCUCCGCCUUCACCAGGUCAUUGACCUCAGCCAGCGACCAAUAACCAAUGGCCUGGACCUGGAUGGGUCCCGCCCCUUCGACUCCAGCUUCAGGCAAGCACGCGAGCAGCUUCGCAGGGCCAGACACAGCCGAACAUUCCUAGUGGAGAGUGGAACUGGAGAACUGUGGUCUGAGAUGCAGACAGGUGAUAAGUACAUCGUGGCAGACUGUGGAGGAGGGACAGUGGAUCUGACUGUGCAUCAGAUUGAACAGCCUCAGGGGACACUAAAGGAGCUGUACAAAGCUUCAGGAGGUCCCUAUGGAGCAGUAGGUGUAGACCUGGCAUUUGAAGCCAUGCUGUGUCAGAUAUUUGGGGCUGACUUCAUUGAAACCUUUAAAGUAAAGCGUCCGGCUGCCUGGGUGGAUCUGACCAUCGCUUUUGAGGCCCGGAAGCGCACAGCAUCUCCUGGCAGAGCCAGUGCACUCAACAUCUCCCUGCCCUUCUCCUUCAUCGACUUCUACAAGAGACACUGUGGACAGAGCGUGGAGACAGCACUGCGCAAGAGCAAUAUGAACAUAGUAAAAUGGUCUUCACAAGGGAUGCUGAGGCUCACUACAGAGGCUAUGAAUGAGCUGUUCCAGCCGACCAUCAGCAAUAUCAUCAAACACAUCGAGAACCUGAUGCAAAAAGAGGAAGUUAAGGGUGUGCGCUUCCUGUUCUUAGUGGGCGGCUUCGCCGAGUCUCCCAUGCUUCAGCGAGCCGUGCAGAACGCGCUGGGCCAACACUGCCGCAUCAUCAUUCCGCAGGACGUGGGCCUAACUAUCCUGAAGGGGGCGGUGCUCUUCGGAUUAGACCCCACCGUAGUGCGCGUUCGCCGCUGCCCGCUGACCUACGGCGUGGGGGUCCUGAACCGCUUCGUGGAAGGACAUCACCCUCGAGACAAACUGCUCAUCAAGGAUGGGCGUGAAUGGUGCACCGACAUUCUGGAUCGCUUUGUUUCCGUCGACCAAUCAGUGGCACUGGGCGAGGUGGUUAGGAGAAGCUACACCCCUGCGAGGGUGGGGCAAAGGAAGAUCAUCAUUAACAUCUACUGCAGCUCCACUGAUGAUGUGGUGUACAUUACAGAUCCUGGGGUUAGGAAGUGCGGCGCUAUAACCUUGGACCUUCCUGAACCUGGUGCAGUGGCAGCUAGCAGCAGCAGCACUAACGGUAACGGAGCCGCGUUUGAGCGCAGGGAGAUAAGAGCCACCAUGCAGUUCGGAGACACAGAGAUUAAAGUUACAGCUGUAGAUGUGCUGACGGGGAGACAGGUGCGGGCUUCUAUUGACUUCCUGUCCAACUGACCUGACAACUGACUUAUGGGACAGAAAACUCAAAAAGGGACAAGAACUGUUUAAAGGACUGAUAUGGCGCUCAUCCAAUCUCUGAACUGAAAUUUUGUUUUAUUAUAAGAAGCACUAUAAAUAUAUUUUUCUAAGCAAAUUACUUCAAUACUGAGAAGGAUGUAUGCCCUACAUGACCAAAACUGGUAUGUAGGUAGAACUUUUUUUGACCUAUGGAUGUUGGAGGUGCCACCUAGUGGUUGAGGGUCAAACUGCUUGUUUUAAAAUGCAAAAAAGGAACAGAUUUUCAGAUUUUAAAGGGGGGAAAGCUGGAUUGUUCAUUUUACAUAAACUGGGAUUACAGGCACAAAUAUAUUUAUAUAGUAUUAGAUUUUUGAUAACAUUUUAAUUGUAAUGAUUUCAGUAGAAGUACAUAAACAUAUGCUAUGCAUUAAUUUUAAAUAUGUACCCAAUGCAACUUAUAAAUGCACAAUUAAAUCUCUUUUCUA